GACAGGUAUAGCAAUAAAACGUAAAUACAUGCGCAAUUUCACCCACCUGGUGAAGUCACUGCCCUAGUUUUAUCGAUGUGUGUCAAUAGAUAGAUAACAGUUACUGACGAGGAAGAUAUAUAUAUGUAUAUUCUUAAAACCCCAUGAUGGGAAAACCGAUAUACUUCGCGCUCUUUGAAUUCUGUGCCAUUUUACCUGUAAUCGUUAAUGUCGUUGCAGGUAGAAGUUGUGUUGUUUGUACAUAUACGGAAUUCAACGAAAUAUCUGGGAGUGUAAGAGAGAUCCUCACCAACAGAAACAACGACAAAUGCAAAGACUUAACUCCUGAAGACAUUAACGUUGAAAACCCCACUGCUCAAGAGUCGGCCAAAUUAGAAGACUGCCCAGUGGAAAACAACCAGUACACCGAUACGUCUUGCGGCACACUAACUGGUUCAGUUAAUGCUACCCUUCUUGGAUCUAAAUCGAGAGUGACUGUAUUUCACCGUGGAUGUUUGGAAAUUGAGAAAGAUAGCCCAAGAAUAUGUGCUGAAAGGACCAAUACAGAAAUAGACAUGAAAUCAAACCUGGCCGUUAUAUUUUCUAGCAUUAGCAAGUACAAAAUUCUGUCAUUUUCAGGACGCAGGUGUGUCUGUGAUGACCAUGUUUGCAACGAGGAAUCUAUUGCCGCCAGAAGUAUGUAUGCUUCAAAUAGUCUCCUACUUUUAGGUUUUACCAUUUCUAUGUUGUCUCAGGCCCUGAUCAAGGAUUAUUAAUUAAGCAGAGAACAAAAGAAAUUGUAAAUGCUUGUUUUUGAUUAUAUUUUGUUAAUGCAAUUGCGUACUUUACUUUGAUAAGCAUUUUAUACUUGUUUAAAUAAAAUAUAAAUUCUUGUAAAUUUUUGAUAACCUGUAUAUCUAUCAGUCUGUCCGUAUAUUCAACCAAUCAAACUAUUCAUUACCAAGUCCAACCAAAGAAAUAUAUUUUGUUGUAUUUCUCACCGUUGUAUAAAAAUGUGAAUUCAACAAAUACAAGAACAUUUAUAUCAAAAUCAUUUCUUCAUAAUAUCUGUCUAGAUUGGAAGUUUAAUAAAGAAAAUGCAUAGAAAUAA